AAGCUAAGUCAUGAAAUAACUGUUAUGUGAUUGUUACAAGCUAUCUAGGAUUCAAAGGUCUCAACUAUAAGGUCGAAAUAUUAUUUCAAAAAGGCAAAGAUACUCGAUCGUUGUAAAACAACAACAACAAAAAAUCCACUAGCCAUUCUUUCAAUUGAAGUGAUGAAGCCUAAAGAAUUCAUAUAGCAAAAUGGAGAAAAUCAGAAGACCAGCCAUCUAAAAAUUCUCUACUGGUGAAGUGAUGAAGAACAUUCACUGGCUUUUCCUGAAAUUUGUCAAUUUUGUGACUCUUGGCUGCAUAUGGAUUUCUGUGGUGCAGUGUACAGUUUUAAACAGCUGCCUGAAGUCGUGUGUUUCCAGCCUGGCAAGGCAGCUUGACAUUGGCACACCAUACAACCUGAGUGAACCAAAUGAUACCUAUGCCACCAUUUGUGAGGCUGUGUCCAAGCUCUCUUUUGAGGUGGAGUCCCUGCAUCCUUUCACUGAAUAUAUUUUUCGAGUGGUUUGGAUCUUCACAGCCCAGCUGCAGUUGUAUUCUCCCCCAAGUCCCAGUUACAGGACACAUCCUUAUGGAGUUCCUGAAACUGCUCCAUUCAUUAAGAAUAUUGAAAGUUCAAGUCCGGAUACUGUGGAAGUCAGCUGGGCUCCACCCCAAUUCCCAGGUGGACCUAUUUUGGGUUAUAACUUAAGGUUGAUCAGCAAAAACCAAAAACUAGAUUCAGGAACACAGAGAACCAGUUUCCAGUUUUACUCUACUUUACCAAAUACCACCUACAGGUUUUCUAUUGCAGCAGUAAAUGAAGUUGGUGAAGGGCCAGAAGCAGAAUCUAGUAUUACCACAUCAUCCCUAGCAGUUCAAGAAGAGGAACAGUGGCUCUUUUUAUCCAGAAAAACUUCUCUAAGAAAGAGAUCUUUAAAGCACUUAGUAGAUGAAGCACAUUGCCUUUGGUCAGAUGCUAUACACCAUAAUAUUACAGGAAUAUCAGUUAAUGUCCACCAGCAAGUUGUUUAUUUCUCGGAAGGAGCUCUUAUUUGGGUGAAGGAAGCUGCCAACAUGUCUGAUGUGUCUGACCUGAGAAUUUUUUAUAGAGGUUCAGGAUUAAUUUCUUCCAUCUCUAUAGACUGGCUCUACCAGAGAAUAUAUUUCAUCAUGGAUGGACUGGUAUGUGUCUGUGAUUUAGAAAACUGCUCAAACUUUGAGGAAAUUACCCCACCAUCUAUUAUUGCACCUCAAAAAAUUGUGGCUGACUCUUACAAUGGGUAUGUCUUUUAUCUCCUGAGAGAUGGCCUUUACAGAGUUGACCUCCCUGAGCCACCUGGCAGGGAUGCUAAAGCUGUGCACAUCGUGGCGAGUAGUACCUUGAAAGACUUUGCCGUCAAGCCACAGUCCAAGAGAAUCAUUUACUUCAACGACACUGCCCAAGUCUUCAUGUCAACAUUUCUGGAUGGCUCGGCUUCCCAUCUUGUCCUACCUCAGGUCCCCUUUGAUGAUGUGAAGAGCUUUGCUUGUGAAAACAAUGACUUCCUUGUCACUGAUGGCAAGGCCAUUUUCCAACAGGACACACUCUCUUUUAAUGAGUUCAUUGUGGGAUGUGACCUAAGUCAUAUAGAAGAAUUUGGGUUUGGUAACUUGGUUAUCUUUGGCUCUUCUGCGCAGCCGCACCCUCUACCAGGCCGUCCGCAGGAGAUCUCUGUGCUAUUUGGCUCUCACCAAGCCCUUGUUCAAUGGAAGCCUCCUGCCCUCGCCAUAGGAGCCAGCCCUUCUGCAUGGCAGAACUGGACGUAUGAGGUGAAAGUAUCAUCACAAGACCUUCAUGAGGUCACUCACAUUUUCUCAAACAUAAGUGGGACCAUGCUCAAUGUGCCCAGGCUGCAGAGUGCUACAAAAUACAAGGUUUAUGUGAGAGCAAGUUCUCCCAAGGGACCAGGCCCCUGGUCAGAACCCUCGGUGGGUACUACCCUGGUGCCAGCUACUGAACCACCAUUCAUCAUGGCUGUGAAAGAAGAUAGGCUUUGGAGUAAACCUUUAAAUAAUUUUGGCCCAGGAGAGUUCUUAUCCUCUGACAUAGGAAAUGUGUCAGACAUGGAUUGGUAUAACAACAGCCUCUACUACAGUGAUGUGAAAGGUGACGUUUAUGUGCGGCUGCUGAAUGGGACGGUUAUCUCUGAGAAUUAUCACAUACCCAACAUUGCAGGAGCAGGUGCUUUAGCUUUUGAGUGGCUGGGUCACUUUCUCUACUGGGCUGGAAAGACAUACGUGAUACAAAGACAGUCAAUGUUGACUGGUCACACAGACAUUGUGACUCAUGUGAAACUACUGGUGAAUGACAUGGUGGUGGAUUCGGUUGGUGGCUAUCUCUAUUGGACCACGCUAUACUCUGUUGAAAGCACCAGACUAAAUGGGGAAAGUUCCCUUAUAUUACAGGCACAGCCUUGGUUUUCUGGGAAAAAGGCUGCAGCAGCCCUGUGGGUGGUCCAGAAGCUUUCUCAGACCAAGUGCAUACUGCUUGAUGCAUGCACUAAUUUGCAUUGUUUCAGCAGGACUGAGGAUGUCAUCAUCACAGAAUUUGCCGCCUGGAGUACUUCUGAAAUUUCCCAGAAUGCACUCAUGUACUAUAGUGGUCGACUCUUCUGGAUCAAUGGCUUUAGGAUUAUCACAGCUCAGGAAAUAGGUCAGAGAACCAGUGUGUCUGUUUCAGAGCCAGCUAAAUUUAAUCAGUUCACAAUUAUUCAGACAUCUCUCAAGCCUCUGCCAGGGAACUUUUCCUCUACCCCUAAGGUUAUCCCAGAUUCUGUUCAAGAGUCUUCAUUUAGGAUUGAAGGAAAUGCUUCAAAUUUUCAAAUCUUAUGGGAAGCACCUCCUCCUUUGGAUUGGGGCAUCGUCUUCUACAGUGUGGAAUUCAGUGCUCAUUCAAAGUUCCUGGCUAGUGAACAACUUCCUUUACCUGUAUUUACUGUGGAAGGGCUGGAGCCUUAUGCCUUAUUUAAUCUUUCAGUCACUCCUUAUACCUACUGGGGAAAGGGCCUCAAAACAUCUCUAUUACUUCGAGCACCUGAAACAGUUCCAUCAGCACCAGAGAACCCCAGAAUAUUUAUAUUACCAAGUGGAAAACACCUCAAUAAGAAUGAAGUUGUGAUAGAAUUUAGGUGGAAUAAACCUAAGCAUGAAAAUGGUGUGUUAACAAGAUUUGAAAUUUUUUAUCAUAUAUCCAACCAAAGUGACUUGAACAAUACAUUUAAACAAUGGAUUGCCGUCAAUGUCAUUCCUUCAGUGAUGUCCUUUCGACUGGAGGGCAUGAGUCCUGGGUACAUUGUUGCUUUCCAGGUUCGAGUUUUCACAUCUAAAGGACCUGGACCAUUUUCUGACAUAGUAAAGUCUUAUACAUCAGAAAUCAACCCAUUUCCUUACCUCAUAACUCUUCUUGGCAAUAAGCUAGUGCUUUUAGAUAUGGAUCAAAAUCAAGUUGUGUGGACAUUUUCAGCAGAAGGAAACAUCAGUGCCGUAGGCUACACAGCCGAUAACGAGAUGGGUUAUUAUGUUCAAGGAGACUCACUCUUCCUCCUGAAUUUGCAGAAUCGUUCCAGCUCUGAACUUUUCCGAGAUGCACUGGUUUCUGAUAUCACAGUUAUCACAAUUGACUGGAUUUCAAGACAUCUCUACUUUGUGAAAGAAUCACAAGAUGGAAUCCAAAUAUUUGAUAUGGAUCUUGAACACAAGGUGAAGUAUCCCAGGGAGCUGAAGAAUUGCAAAAGGAAUUCAACAAUAAUUUCUUUUUCUGUAUCUCCUCUUUUAAGUCGCUUGUAUUGGACAGAAGUUUCCGAUUUGGGCUCUCAGAUGUUCUACUACAGUAUUAUCAAUCACACCUUGCACCGCAUUCUGCAACCCGCAGCCACAAACAAACAAAAUGGAAGAAGUCAAUGUUCCUGUAAUGUGACUGAAUUUGAGUUAAGUGGAGUGAUGACUAUUGAUACCUCUAAACUAGAAAAGCCACGAAUAUACUUUGCUAAAGGGCAAGAGAUCUGGGCCAUGGAUCUGGAAGGAUGUCAGUGUUGGAGGAUUGUCAUGGUUCCUGCCAUCCUUGCAGAAAAGACACUGGCUAGCCUAACUGUGGGUGGGGAAUUUAUAUAUUGGAUCAUCACAACAAAAGAAAACACCCAGAUUUAUCAAGCAAAGAAAAGAACUGGGGCCAUCCUCUCCCUGGUGGAGGCCCGAAGGAGUAAAUGUAUCUUGGCUUACAGUUCAGUUAUGCAGCCUUUUCCAGAUAAAGCAUUUCUGUCUAUAGCUUCAGAUAUUUCAGGACCAACCAUACUUAAUGCCACUAACACAAGUCUCACAAUCAGAUUACCUCCAGCCAAGACAAAUCUUACUUGGUAUGGCAUCACCAGUCCUACACCGACAUACCUGGUUUACUAUACAGAAGUUAAUGGCAGGAAAAAGAGCUCUGACCUGGUGUAUAAAAUACUGGAGUCUCAGGAGAGUAUAGCUGUUAUUGAAAAUUUACAACCAUUUUCAACAUAUACGAUACAUACAGCUAUAAGGAAUUAUUAUUUGGAUCCUUUAGAACAUUUACCUCUGGGGAAAAAAAUUUUAGGAAAAACUAAAAGUGGAGUGCCAGAGGCAGUUUGGCUCAUUAAUACAACCGUGCUGUCAGACACCAGCCUCCUUGUGUCUUGGAGAGAAUCUCACAAGCCAAAUGGACCUGAAGAGUCAGUCCGCUAUCAGCUGGAAAUCUCAAAUCUGGCCCUAAUUCCUAAGACUCCUCUAAGACAAAGUGAAUAUCCAAAUGCCAGGCUUGCUCUCCUUGUCACUACACUGUCUGGUGGACAACAAUAUGUGUUAAAGGUUCUGGCCUGCCAUUCCAAGAAAAUGUGGUGUGCUGAAAGUCAUUCUGUCACUGUCAAAAUGUUCGACACACCAGAGAAACCUUAUGCCUUGGUCCCAGAAAACACCAGUUUGCAGUUAGAUUGGAAGGCUCCACCUGAUGUUAGCCUCAUUAGAUUUUGGUUUGAACUCCAGAAGUGGAGAUACAAUGAGUUUUACCAUGUCGAAGCUUCAUGCAGCAAAGGUCCUGCUUAUGUCUGUAACAUCACAGAUCUGCAACCUCAUACUUCCUAUGAUGUCCGAGUAGUGGUGGUUUAUAUGACAGGAGAAAACAGCACCUCACUUCCAGAGAACUUCAAGACAAAAGCUGGAGUCCCAAGUAAACCAGGCGUUCCCAAAUUAUUAGAGGGAAGUAAAGAUUCAAUACAGUGGGAAAAAGCUGAAGAUAAUGGAAGUAGACUUAUGUACUAUAUCCUUGAGAUCAGGGAGAACACUUCAAAUGAUUCAAAAAACCAGAAUUUAAGGUGGAAGAUGGUAUUUAAUGGAUCCUGCAGUAGCCUUUGCACGUGGAAGUCCAAAAACCUGAAAGGAACUUUUCAAUUUAGAGUAGUAGCUGCAAAUAGUCUUGGAUUUGGUGAAUACAGUGGAAUCAGUGAGAAUAUUAUACUAGUUGGAGAUGGUUUUUGGAUACCAGAAGCAAGUUUUGUACUUAUCACUGUGGUUGGAGUAUUUCUGGUUGUUACAAUCCCAUUGACAUUUGUGUGGCACAGAAAGUUCAAGAAUCCAAAAACUUCCAAGGAAGGCCUGACAGUUCUCCUAAACGAAGACAAGGAGUUGGCAGAGCUGCGAGGCCUGGCAGCUGGGGUGGGACUGGCUAACGCCUGCUAUGCAAUACAUACUCUUCCGACCCAAGAGGAGAUUGAAAAUCUUCCUGCUUUCCCUCGGGAGAAACUGACCCUGCGCCUCUUGUUGGGAAGUGGAGCCUUUGGAGAAGUGUAUGAAGGGACAGCUGUAGACAUCUUAGGAGAUGGAAGUGGAGAAAUCAAAGUGGCAGUGAAGACCUUGAAGAAGGGCUCCACAGACCAGGAGAAAAUUGAAUUCCUGAAGGAAGCACAUCUGAUGAGCAAGUUUAAUCAUCCCAACAUUCUGAAGCAGCUUGGAGUUUGUCUGCUGAAUGAACCCCAGUACAUUAUCCUGGAACUGAUGGAAGGAGGUGACCUUUUAACCUAUUUGCGUAAAGCCCGGAUGACAACGCUUCAUGGUCCUUUACUCAACUUGGUUGACCUGGUAGAUGUGUGUGUAGAUAUUUCAAAAGGCUGUGUCUACUUGGAGCAGAUGCACUUCAUUCACAGGGAUCUGGCAGCUCGGAAUUGCCUUGUGUCUGUCAAAGACUAUACCAGUCCUUCGCGGAUAGUAAAGAUUGGGGACUUUGGACUUGCAAGGGACAUCUAUAAAAAUGAUUAUUAUAGAAAGAGAGGGGAAGGCCUGCUCCCAGUUCGGUGGAUGGCUCCAGAAAGUUUGAUGGAUGGAAUCUUCACUACUCAGUCUGAUGUAUGGUCUUUUGGAGUUCUGAUUUGGGAGAUUUUAACUCUUGGUCACCAGCCUUAUCCAGCUCAUUCCAACCUUGAUGUUUUAAACUAUGUGCAAACAGGAGGGAGACUGGAACCACCAAGAAAUUGUCCUGAUGAUCUGUGGAAUUUAAUGACCCAAUGCUGGGCUCAAGAAUCCGAGGAAAGACCUACUUUCCAGAAAAUUCAAGACCAGCUUCAGUUAUUCAGAAAUUUUUCCUUAAGUAGUAUUUCUCAGUGCAGAGAAGAGGCAAACUCCAGUGGAGUCCUAAAUGAAGGCUUUGAAGGUGAAGAUGGCAAUAUAAUUAGUUUGAAUUCAGAUGACGUUAUGCCAGUUGCUUUAAUGGAAACCAAGAACCAAGAAGGGUUAAACUAUAUGGUCCUUGCCACAGAAAGCAGUCAAGGUGCAGAAAAUUCAGAGGGUCCUUUCUGCCCCAAGGAAUCUGAAUCUUGUAGUCUGAGGAAAGAAGAGAAGGAACCACAUGCAGACAAAGAUUUCUGCCAAGAAAAACAAGUGGCUUACUGCCCUCCUGGCAAGCUGGAAGGCCUGAACUAUGCCUGUCUCGCUCACAGUGGAUAUGGAGAUGGGUCUGAUUAAUUGUGCUGCCUGGGAAAUCAGAGUUGAGAGAAACACACCCACUGAGUGGUUACAGAAAGAAAAGAAUGGUAGAUGUGGUGGCGGGCUGACUCUAAUUUAAUACUGAAAGUUCCUUAGUUCUAGUCUGGGUUCUGAGAGCCUUUUUGGUUUCAUUUGCUGCAAUCCCCAUACCAACAGCCUAAUUCCUAAUCCAUAAUUCCUUCAGUGGAAUUAUGGGGUGAAUAACCAUGUGUGUGGAAAGCCCAGGAAGAGACAUUAAGUCUGGAAACAAAAACACUGCUGUCCUCUCCCAUGCAGUCCUUGAAGAUAUCACCUACCCUUCAUCCUGGGCUGCAAUUAAAAAAUUUUGAGACAGAAAUAGGUCAGUUCAGGGACCUGAAGGAAGAAGCACACUGCGGGGCCCACUCAGUUACAGACUGUCUCAAAGAGAACUGAGGAAAUGAUUACUGAUGUCUACACAUACAGGAGGAGCCAGCACCGGUGAUACAAGAAUCAUUUGGAAAGCUAUCACUCCAAUAAACUAUCUUUAAUCAUGACUAUAAAAUUUUUGUGUUUUUGUAUUUUGGAAGCUUAAAAGAGUAGCUUCAGACAUACUGAAAACAGGACCAUGAAGAUCUUUGAGUCUUAAAGUUGAGCAUUCUGCAAUCUCUGGAUUGCAUAAAAAUUGUCCUGUGACUAGUGUGCUAUUAUGAAAAUUAACUAAUAUAAAGAUUGUUUGGGGGGCUGAGAGUAUGGCUCAGUAGUAGAGAACUUGCCUAGCAUGUGUAGUUCUGGGUUUCAUCCCCAGCACUGCAAAAACCCAAAACAAGUCAGAACAA